AGAGCUAGCGAACUACUAUUUUAUCAAAGCUCAUACGGUCUCCCCAAAGUUGCCUGCGUCUUCUCUCAUCGGCAGCAAACGUCUUCCGUCGCAGGGCUUGUGUGGUAUCUAUCUACAUUUGACUCGCUCGUGGAAGAUGGGUUCUGGCCAAUGGCACGUUGAGAAGAGGUCAACUUCGUUUCUAAAAGAGUACGGUGCUGUCUCUGAAUCACGGAGCCUCUCCAUCAUCGUGCUCGGUGCCACUGGUGAUCUUGCCAAGAAGAAGACUUUUCCUGCUCUUUUCAAUCUCUAUCAUCAGGGGUUUCUUAAUCCGGAUGAAGUUCACAUAUUUGGAUACGCAAGGACUAAGCUUUCUGAUCAGGAGCUUAGAGAUAAGAUCCGUCGAUAUCUUGUUGAUGAGAAGAAUGCAUCUGAGAAAGCUGAAACUUUGUCCAAGUUUCUACAGCUGAUCAAGUAUGUGAGUGGCCCUUAUGAUUCUGAAGACGGUUUCAAAAGGUUAGACAAGGCAAUCUCAGAGCAUGAAAUCUCUAAAAAGAGUUCUCAAGGAUCUUCCAGGAGAUUGUUUUAUCUUGCACUCCCGCCGUCCGUAUACCCUCCUGUAUGCAAGAUGAUCAAAGAAUGUUGCACUAACAAAUCUGAUGUUGGUGGAUGGACACGGAUCGUUGUUGAGAAGCCAUUUGGAAAGGACUUGGAAUCUGCAGAGCAACUGAGUUCCCAGAUUGGAGGACUGUUUGACGAAACACAGAUAUAUCGUAUUGAUCACUAUCUGGGAAAGGAACUAGUCCAAAACAUGUUGGUCCUCCGGUUUGCCAACCGGUUCUUUCUGCCGCUAUGGAACCGCGACAACAUUGCUAACGUGCAGAUUGUUUUCAGGGAAGAUUUUGGAACUGAAGGCCGUGGGGGAUAUUUUGAUGAAUACGGAAUCAUUCGUGAUAUUAUUCAAAACCAUUUGCUCCAGGUUCUUUGCCUAGUUGCCAUGGAGAAACCAAUCUCUCUUAAACCUGAGCACAUCCGGGAUGAGAAAGUGAAGGUUCUUCAAUCAGUGAUUCCCAUAAAGGAUAAAGAGGUGGUUCUUGGACAAUACGAAGGUUACAGAGAUGAUCCAACUGUUCCAAACGACUCAAACACUCCAACCUUUGCCACAACAAUCCUUCGCAUAGACAACGAAAGAUGGGAAGGUGUUCCAUUUAUACUGAAGGCCGGAAAGGCAAUGGGUUCAAAGAAGGCAGAUAUUCGCAUUCAGUUUAAGGAUGUUCCUGGUGACAUAUUUAAAUGUCAAAAGCAAGGGAGGAACGAGUUUGUUAUACGCUUGCAACCUUCAGAGGCCAUGUACAUGAAGCUAACUGUGAAGCAACCGGGCCUGGAGAUGCAAACCGUGCAGAGUGAGCUAGACCUAUCGUACAAGCAACGUUACCAAGAUGUCUCGAUUCCAGAGGCUUACGAGCGCCUAAUCCUUGACACAAUCAAAGGUGACCAACAACACUUUGUUCGCAGAGACGAGUUGAAGGCAGCAUGGGAAAUCUUCACUCCGCUGCUUCACAGGAUAGAGAAGGGAGAAGUGAAAUCGAUCCCGUACAAACCAGGAAGCCGAGGACCAACAGAAGCAGAUCAGCUGCUAGAGAAAGCUGGUUAUUUGCAGACGCAUGGCUACAUGUGGAUCCCCCCUACGCUGUAAAUUGUAUGAUCAAGGAGAUAAUGAUGAUGAGUAUACACAAAAUAAGAGCUUUUCUUCUUCUUCUUUUUUCUUGCUCAAUAAAAAUGUCUUGGUGAGCAUUUAAGUUCAUAUUCUGUAUACUAGUGAUCUUCACUAGGACAUUGUUUAUGCCUUAUGUUUUUUUUGUUGUUGUUUUUCUAAACCAUAUAUAUUCAAAAGAGGCUUUGUUGAGUAUAGUUUAGAAAAACCUUAUUCAUAAGAGGUUUUGUUGAAUAUUGUUUUACUAGUAAGGAGUUUAAUUUUAUA